CAGACUGGCAUCAUAACGGCGCAUCGUGAUUUUUGUGUGAUUUUCCACGAAAAUGGAGUUAAUUUCCUGCGGAAAAUCCUUCCAGGUACACAGCUUCCCGAGCCUAGCCACAGUGUCGUCAUUUGGUGGCCUGGAGAAGGGUUAUUACGAUUUCCAGUUCUUCCGAAAGAGCAAGUUUUUCAUUGCAUCGAAUCCUCAGGCGCCGGCUGUGGAAUACUUGUCCGUGAAGUCUCAAGAAGGCCGUACGAAAAUCUCGCAGGUGAAGCGCAUCCGAACGGAAAGUCUUCGCUGCGUCGCCUGUCCUAAGAGCAGCCUGGAAUAUGUGGCUCUGGGAUGCUCCACAGGUCACACGCGCCUCCUCAACUACAAAACGGCAGAGGUGGCUUAUCGAUUCUCCCCGGAUGGGCCCAACAACAGCAUCCUGCACAUGGACUUCAGCUCAACAGACAAAUAUCUUGCGACCAUUGCACAGUCUGGCAAAGUGAAGCUGUUCGGGAUGAGGAGCUUUACCGAAGUGGAUUCCUUCAACAUCGACGAGAACUCCACCUUUGCCAGAUUCCAUCCCCUGAAGAGAUUCCAGCUCGUGGUGACUUCCUUCCUGGGCAGCGUCACGAUCUACGAUGCCCAGGUGAAGAAGAAGGUAUUUCACAUCGAGCGAGCACACACGUGUCCCUGCCGGGACGUUGCGAUGUCCAGCAUCAACGACACCUGCCUCUUCUCUGUCGGCUACGACUGUUACGUCAACGUGUACGACACGCGGAAGAAGACUGUGGCGCAGCAGCUGAGGACUGAGCAUCCUCUCUCCGCCAUUGCGCUCUCGCCCACGUCCAUGGAGUGUGUGGUGGGCAAUCUGAAGGGCGAGAUCCUGACGUUCGACGUGCGCAACAUGGGCAAAACCCUCGCAACUGUUCGAGCGCAUGAGAAUCUCGUCAACCGACUGACUUUUGUGCCAUCAGAGAAGAUGGAAGUGGACUUUCCCACCACUUCGUCAGUCUCUGAACCCCCAGAAGAGAGCUCCGGAGAGGCGGAUGGCGAGUCUCUGAAUGAUUCCGUGGAUGUGUUCAGCCUGGUGCCGACCAUCACUCAAAAUCGAGCCUCAGUGGACAAGGGACGCCGAGAUAGUGUGCUGGACUUCCUCAUGGAUCGCAUGGACACGAUGCCGAACACACCGCAAUUGCUCGACAGUUCAGUGGAGCACGAAACCAGUCACUCGAGAUCGCGCAGAUCGGAAGAGGCGGAGAAGGAUUUAUCACGCGUCACGCUGAGGAAGAAGAGAAGUUCAGUGAAUGCAGAACCAAAACUCUCCGAUGUCAAGGAAAUUGAAGAGAGCGAGGAAGCCAAUGGCCAGGAUAAUCUCAUGGUGGUCAGGAAUGCAGCUGCGGAAGUGGAUUCUCCGCUUAACUUCUUAAAUCCCCUGCCGGACUAUCGCAACAGCACGCCCAAGGCAGCGCAAGAAAGCGCCGCUUCUCUCGCCAUCACGGCGGACAAUGUUGUUGAGGAAGUUGCCAAGAUGGUCAAGAGAACAGAGCACGAGCUGAAGUGGGAGAUGAACACGCUCAAGUGGCACACAUACGGAGAGAUGUUCAGUCUGUGGCAGAAUCAGAACCGCUUGAUUGAGGACCUCUUUCACAAGUUGGAGGAGAAAGUGGAAGACAAUGCCAGAGGCCUGGGAAUGCUGAUGAACCUUAUUAGCGACUCCACGCGGCUGCAGGACGAAAAUGAACGUCUGAAGGCGCAAUUGGCGGCGAUGAAAAACAGAUUUGAUGGAUAAUGACUUGCUGUGUUUUUGAUAUUUUGUUGUGCAAAUUGGCUAAUGUGAAUAGUGCUUAGAUUACGUUGAAUAUUAAAUAUUGUUACGCAGGAAAUUAAGUCGGUUUUUUAAAAGGGCGGAGCUUCCAAA